AGCGAAGCUAACAAACAAACUAAAAAUCAAAAAUUAAAUAAAAUAAAAAAACCCAACUACAGACGAAACCCAACCACAGAAACCAACAAAUAUAAAGAAAGAAAUCAUUUUUUUUUAAGUCGAACAAUUUCAAUUUCUUUCUCUCAGAGUAUCAGAGUAAUACGUUUGGUUUUGUUGGUUUAUCUGUACCAAUCAAAACAGCAACAACAACAACAACAACAACAAAAGAAGAAAAACGAAAAACGCGUACGUCUCGUCGCCGCCGACAUCGUUGCCGCAUAAUAUAAAACACUAUUCCCAACACAGCCCCAGCCCCAGCCCCACACACACACGACAAGUCGGCACAAUGAGGCAACAAAGCUCACAGCAAAUGUUGACACUCGCCCUUUGCGGUCUGUGCAGCCUCAUUUGCAUGAUCAAUGCCGUCCCCCUGCCUGCUGGCAAUCAGGAAUUGGAUGUGCUGCAAAUACCUCUGGCCAAUGGCAAGGAAAUCGAUGUCUUGACACUUGGCGCCAAAGACCAAGAACAAUUGAUAGCCGAUCGCAACAAAAGAACAAUUGGACUGUUGCGCGAGCUGUUCCCCGACAUUACAAAGCAAAUUGAUGAGCAAGCGAAUCGCAUAAUCUCGAAACUGUUGCGCACUCUGGGACCAACGGUGCUGCGAACGGCCAUUCAGGGCAACACCGCGAAUAGCGCACGCACCACUUUCGAUGCCGAUUUCGAUGACGACGAUGACGAUAACAAGACAGACAGCGGCAGCAGCGGCAGUGGCAGCAGCAGCAGCGACAGCGACAGCGGAACUCGCGUCUCCAUCGAAUUGCCAACAUUUGAGCCUGAUGAUGAUAAUGAGGUUGACGCGGAUGCCAAGACGUCAUCGGGUACAACAACAACGACGACAACCACCGAGGCUACACGACGACGAUAGAGACACAAAGUGCGUGUAAUUUGCUACAACAACAGCGCGUUUUGCAAAUUCAAAUUACGACAAUUGGUUUUAAAUAAUUUAAAAAAUGUAUAUCAAAUUUUUCUGCAGCAAAAUUCUCAAGCAAUUGGCAACAACAGCAACAACAUGAUCAACAACAGCAACAACAACAACAACAACAACAAAUCAACAACCACACACAUCAAAAUGAAAUUAAUUUAAUGAACAACAAGAACAACAACAAAAAUUUAAUAACUUGUUAAAAAUUGGCAAUGUUUUAUUGUAUUUGUUUCGAAAUUACUGUAUUAUAUUAUUUUUUACACUGGUUCUCAAUACACUUUGAUAUGCACAACAUCCUUUUAUCUGUCUCCCUCUCUUGACUAUCUUAUCUGUUCAGCUAUGUAUCUGACUCAUUCUCUCAUUCUAUUUUUCUCUAUUGCCCUCGCCUGCUCUCUUUCGCUCUCUCAUUCUCUCUCUCUCUUUCUCUCUCUGUAUCCUGCAUUCUUUUCGGUCUGUCAGUCUCACCUGCGCUCGCUGAGUAGCCAAUCUAUCGAAAAGCUAUUGUAGCUCUUUUCUCUUGCUAUAGUGCUUUUUCGCUCUCAUUCUCUCUUCACUCUCGCACAUAUUCUUUAUAAUUUAAGUUAAUAGGUGUUUUUAUUACAUAUAUACAAACAAACAUACUUAUAUGGUAGAAAUUUAAGUCAUUUACAAUAUUACAUCCUCAAUUAAAUAUUCUUAUCCGCGGUUAUCUGUAGAAGCCUCCCUGCGAAACACUCUGGUGCCUAGACACAUACAAAGACAAUGAUUCGAGAGCCACUUUCAAGUUCUCCGUCACUGCUCAUAAAUGCCCACAAAUCGUACACCUUUUCCCGUACAUUUUGUUCCAUGCUUAAGCACCGCACUCAUUAUUAUCGCAACUGCACUCAAAUCAGUCUCGGCUACAAAUGUGAGUGUCUUUAUUCGUACAUAUGAAUCCACUCACUUUGCAUCUUGCACUCACACCUUGUGCCGAUCGCCCCCACAUGAUUUUGCAUAAUAUACAAACCAAAUGAAAUGAAGGAGCAAAAACAAAAGAAUUUUAAUGUUUUUUCUAUUCCAAUAGCGCAUUGGAAACUGUACAGUAAACGUUUUAUUUUCAAAUUCAAAUAUUCUUUCUACUAUGAUUUAGUUUCUUCUAUGGAAUCGAGCGCAUGUUGUAGGCAAAGCCAAAAAUUUUGCGUUGUACACCCACGCAAACCAUUUAGCUCUUUGAUACAACAUGCAAAAUACGCUCUCUCUCUCUCUCUCUCUCUCUCUUAUUAUCUUUAUCUCUCUCUCUCGCUCUCUAUCUUUCUAUGAAUCUAUUUAUUUCGCUGUUAAAGUAUUUGUUCUCUUGAUUACUUACUCGCUCGCUGUCUGUGCUACUAUUUAUGAAAUUGGCUUUAUUUGUAGAAAAUAAAUUUCAAUAAUGCUCACGGCUUAACUACUUUUGUUUUUCUCUUUUGUUUAUUUUGUAUCUUUUUCUCUUUAUUUUCAUGUUCCAUUAAACCGAUUCGAUUUGUGCAAAUAACACAAUGAUCUAAACCAACUACAAAAUAUGAUAAUAAUAAAAAAAAAAACCGAAACAAAACCAAAUACCUCAAACACCUGUUAUAAAACUUAAAAUCAAUAUCAAAAUGAAAUCAUCAACUGCAAUCAAUCAAACAAAUGCAAUAUUCCAAAUGAAUCAAACGCAAACUAUACUAUAUACAAUAAUACAUUGCAUUAUGUGCACGUGCAUUUCCAUCAAAUAACUCGAACAAUAAUAACAAUAAUAAUGAUAAUUACCAAAACAAAUGGGAAACAUAUACAAAAAUAUGCCGAAAUACACACACACACACAACCAACCAACCACCCACCAACCCACACACACACACACAAACAAUUCCUUAACCUUUAUGUUCAUGAAUUCUCAAAACAAAACUCAUAUCAUGGCGCUAAAAAAAUCAAAACGUUCUUCCAAAACUCACCGAAAUGCACUCAAAAUGCGACUCGCUCUCGCACACGCUCUAUCUAUAUUGCCUAUUCACUCUGACCUACACAAUACAAAUGAACAUACAUAACGAUCUACGCUGUGCCAAAUCCUUUGUUCCACUCCAACACAACAACACCCCGUUCCCCAAUCCACUUUCUACACAUGAAAUGCACAUAAUCAACUGCAAAAUUCAAAAUUUUUUAAAUGAUACGCCCAAUGCCUCUGCAAAUCGUAUAUAUGUACACAUAUAUGCAUCAACUAAAUCGAAACAAACAACAAAAACAUACCUGCCCCUCCACAACACCACCAAAACGACAACAAACACCGCAGAACGGCGCCACCGAUACACAAAUCGAUUUAUCGGCGAUUAACAAACAACUCGA